AUGGCCAACGUACGCCGAAUCACAGAUGAUCUUGAGAGGCCUUCUCUCGAUGAUAGAUCCUAUCGAGUCAUCGAGCUUCCGAACAAGCUCCAAGCUCUCCUGGUACAUGACCCGGAAACAGACAAGGCUAGCGCGAGUAUGAACGUAAACGUUGGAAGUUACUCUGACGACGACAGCAUGCCCGGAAUGGCUCAUGCCGUCGAGCAUUUGUUGUUUAUGGGGACAAAGAAGUACCCAGUCGAGAACGAAUAUAGCUCGUAUCUCAGUUCUCAUGCUGGACACUCGAACGCCUACACUGCUCCAACACAGACGAACUAUUUCUUUGAAUGUGCAGCAUCAAGUGAGGCUGAGAACGCUACCGAGGUUGAUAAUGCCGCCUCUCCACCGGUCAACGGCGUAGCGUCUUCUCGCAGCCCCUUCUACGGGGCACUCGAUCGAUUCGCCCAGUUCUUUGUUGAACCGCUCUUUCUGGAGUCAACGCUUGACCGAGAACUCCGAGCUGUCGACUCAGAAAACAAGAAAAAUCUUCAGAGCGACCAGUGGCGCCUUACACAGCUGUCGAGGACAAUAUCAAAUCCGAAGCAUCCUUUUUCCAAAUUUUCUACUGGUAAUCUGGAAACUCUUCGCGACCUUCCGGAGAAGCGAGGCGUCAAGAUCCGUGAGAAAUUCAUUGAGUUCUAUGAGAAGCAUUAUUCCGCAAAUCGUAUGAAGUUGGUCGUGUUAGGUAAAGAGCCUCUCGAUGAAUUAGAACAGUGGGUCGAUGAGUUGUUCACAGGCGUAAAGAACAAAGAUCUGCCUGAGAAUCGAUGGGAUGGCCCAGAGCAGCCUUUCACCAAGGCAGAGCUGUCAACUCAGAUUUUUGCGAAACCAGUAAUGGAGUCCAGAACUUUGGAGAUGUGGUUUCCCUAUCCGGAUGAGGAAGACCUAUACGAAACACAGCCGUCACGAUUCUUGGGUCACUUAUUGGGUCACGAAGGUCCGGGCAGUAUUCUGGCUUAUAUCAAAGAGAAAGGAUGGGCAAACGGUCUUUCCUGCGGGUACUAUCCACUCUGUCCCGGCACUGCAUUCUUUGAUCUCGACAUUCGCCUGACGCCAGACGGGUUAGAAUAUUAUCAGGACGUCAUGAAGGUUGUCUUCCAGUACAUAUCAUUGAUGAAGGAGCAGCCACCGUUGGAGUGGAUGUUUGACGAGAUGAAGACCAUUGGGGAUGUCAACUUUAGGUUCAAGCAAAAGUCGCCAGCAAGCCGCUUCACAAGUGCUACUAGUGCUGUUAUGCAGAAGCCUCUUCCUAGAGAAUGGCUGCUUAGUGGCUCUACCAAAUUGCGGAAGUUUGACCCUGAUGGAAUCGUUCGGGCCAUGCAGUAUCUGCGACCAGACAAUUUUCGGAUGAUGAUUGUCAGCCAAGAUCAACCAGUCCGCCUUGAUAAGAAGGAGAAGUGGUACGGUACAGAGUAUGCAGUCCAGGACAUACCGGAAGACCUGCUGUCAGAGCUUCAUAAGUCAUGGCAAAGUGGAGCGAGAGAAAGACCAAAGGAGCUGCAUCUCCCACACAAGAACGAGUUUAUCCCGACGAGGUUAGACGUGGAGAAGAAGGUUACAACAGAGCCGGCGACGGCACCGAAGCUGAUUAGACACGAUGAGAUGAUGCGGGUAUGGUACAAGAAGGAUGAUAGGUUCUGGGUACCAAAGACGAAUUUUCUCAUCACGAUACGCAGUUCCAUGACCUAUGCCACACCCGCGAACCACGUCAAGACUAAGCUAUUUUGUGAAUUGGUCAAAGACUCUUUGUCCGAAUAUGCUUACGAUGCAGAUAUUUCAGGCCUUGUGUACAACACGUCUGGGACGGUGCUCGGUAUCGAUGUUAAUAUUGGGGGCUACAGUGACAAGCUACCCGUCCUGUUAGAGAAGGUUCUACGAAGCAUGAAAGAGCUAAAAGUCGGCCCAGACCGAUUCAAGAUCAUCAAAGAGCGGAUAUCCCGGGGAUACAAGAAUUGGGACUACCAAAAGCCAUACUACCAGGUUGGCGGUUAUGUCCGAUGGCUCACGCACGAGCAAUCCUGGAUCAACCACCAAUAUGCGGCUGAGCUGCCAAACAUUGAGGCCGAUGAUGUUCAGACGUUUAUUCCUCAAAUUUUGGGCCACAACCAUAUUGAGAUUCUAGCUCAUGGAAAUCUAUACAAAGAAGAUGCUCUGAAGAUGGCGAACCUGGUUGAAACCAUUCUCAAACCUCGACCCCUCCCGCAAUCUUUAUGGCAUUUACGAAGAGACAUGGUCUUACCAUCUGGAAGUAAUUACACAUAUCGACGAAGUUUGGUCGAUCCUGGCAACGUCAACCAUGCGAUUGAAUAUAGUCUGCUCAUUGGUGAUAGAACAGACCGCAAGCUGAAGGCCAAGGCUCAACUUUUUGCGCAGAUGCUGCAUGAACCAACAUUUGACCAGCUAAGAACAAAGGAGCAGCUUGGAUAUGUCGUCUUCAGCGGAGCGCGAUUAUCCACUGCGAGUAUCCUUUACCGCGUCCUUAUCCAAUCCGAAAAGGAUCCAGAUUAUCUCGAAGGGAGGAUAGAAGCACACCUCUCAAGAUUCAGAGCUGACCUUGAGAGAAUGAGCGAUUCGGAAUUCGAAGCUCACAGACGGAGCGUCAUCAAUCGAAAGCAAGAAAAGCUCAAAAACUUGGCAUCCGAGACGGCAAGGCUGGCGGAUAAUAUUGGGAAUGAGUACUUUGACUUCUACAAGCUGGACCAUGAUGUGGUGGAGCUGAAACAGCUGAACAAGGGAGACAUACAAGACUUCUACAAUGAGUUUAUCGAUCCGCACUCGAAGACGCGAGCGAAGUUAUCUGUACAUAUGGUCGCACAGAGUACGCCGAACGAAGAGGCAAAGUUGUCUCCACAACAGCAAAGCGAAGCUCUCCUAGAUGCACUGAGCAAAUUCCUGAGCAGCUCAGGUGUCAGCUGUGAUCCUGAGACAUUGAAAGCCUCUCUGGACAAGGUCGACAUCCCAUCAGGUGAUCAAGAAGGUGUGCUCUCCGCGGUCAAGGCGUACGCCGAAUCAUCUCUUCCUGAUGAAAAGAUCGACUCCAUUGCAGCGCAGUUGCACGAAGCGCUGCCUCCUCUGUUCAUGACCUUGGGGAUCAAGUCGAAAUCCGCUGCGAAAGAGCAGGAACAAGAAGCCGAGCAAGAUGCAGCAGCCAGUGGAACUGUCGAGAAGAUACCGCCUGUCAUGGUUGAGAAUGUGGAUACUUGGAAAGCAGGCUUGCGGGUCAGUGAGGGUCCCCGGCCAUUGGUAGAUCUGAGCGAAUUCGAAGAGAUGGAACCAAAGCUAUGA